CCUCCUAGGCUCUGCCUGCAUCUGCCACCAGCUCAGCUUCCCUUCUCUGCCCUCCCCUGGCAGACCAGCAGGACCAAAGCGUACCAGCCAGCAACAUGGCUUAGCCCGAGUUCUGAAGGUUCCUGGGAAGGAAGCUAGAGAGUCUGCUGGCAAGGAUGACCCUGGGCUCCUGCCAGCUCCCCAGCUGCAGCCUGGGGUCACUGUGCUUUUCUGCAGCUCAGAAAAUCAGCUACAAAAUGUGCAGAGUGUGGACCCGGGUACUCCACCCCUCUCGAGGCCAUGAAAGGACCCAGGGAGGAGAUUAUCUACCUGCCCUGUAUUUACCGAAACACUGGCAUUGAGGCCCCGGAUUAUCUAGCCACAGUGGACGUGGACCCCAAGUCUCCCCAGUAUUGCCAGGUCAUCCACCGUCUGCCCAUGCCCCACCUGAAGGACGAGCUGCAUCACUCCGGCUGGAACACAUGCAGCAGCUGCUAUGGGGACAUCACCAAGGCCCGUACCAAGCUGGUGCUGCCCGCUCUCAUUUCUUCCCGCAUCUAUGUGGUAGAUGUGGGCACUGAGCCCCGCGCCCCCAAGUUGCACAAGGUCAUUGAGCCCAAGGACAUCCACACCAAGUGUAACCUGGGCUUCUUUCACACCAGCCACUGCCUGCCCAGUGGGGAGGUGAUGGUCAGCACCCUGGGAGACCCCGAGGGCAAUGGCAAAGGGGGUUUCGUGCUGCUGGACGGAAAGACAUUUGAGGUGAAGGGCACGUGGGAGCAGCCUGGGGGAGCUGCGCCUUUGGGCUAUGACUUCUGGUACCAGCCCCGACACAAUGUCAUGAUCAGCACUGAAUGGGCAGCGCCCAAUGUUUUAAGAGAUGGCUUCAACCCCGCUGAUGUAAAGGCAGGACUGUAUGGAAGCCACUUAUACGUGUGGGACUGGCAACGCCGUGAGAUCGUGCAGACCCUGCCAUUACAGGAUGGACUCAUCCCCCUGGAGAUCCGCUUCCUGCACAACCCUGACGCAGCUCAGGGAUUCGUGGGCUGUGCCCUCAGCUCCACCAUCCAGCGCUUCUUCAAGAAUGAGGAUGGCACUUGGUCAGCUCAGAAGGUGAUCCAGGUGCCCCCCAAGAAAGUGAAGGGCUGGAUGCUGCCUGAAAUGCCAGGCCUGAUCACUGACAUCCUGCUGUCCCUGGACGACCACUUCCUCUACUUCAGCAACUGGCUGCACGGGGACAUUCGGCAGUAUGACGUCUCUGACCCGCAGAGGCCCCGCCUCACGGGACAGCUUUUCCUGGGGGGCAGCAUCGUGAAGGAUGGCCCCGUGCAAGUGCUGGACGACCAGGAGCUAGAUUCCCAGCCAGAGCCCCUGGUGGUCAAGGGGAAGCAGGUGGCCGGAGGCCCUCAGAUGAUCCAGCUUAGCCUGGACGGGAAGCGUCUCUACGUCACCACAUCGCUGUACAGUGCCUGGGACAAGCAGUUUUACCCUGAUCUCAUCAGGGAAGGCUCCGUUAUGCUGCAGAUUGAUGUAGACACAGUAAAGGGAGGGCUGACGUUGAACCCCAACUUCCUGGUGGACUUUGGCAAGGAGCCCCUCGGCCCAGCCCUGGCCCAUGAGCUCCGCUACCCUGGGGGCGACUGCAGCUCUGACAUCUGGCUCUGAAGCGCCGCCACGUUCUGAGCCCUCACUUCUGCAGAGACCUGGCUCCACUGUUCUCUCUCUCUCUCUCUCUCUCUCUCUCUCUCUCUCUCUCUCUCUCUCUCUCCCUCCCUGCCACCAUCCUACCAGAGCCAAGCUGAGGCUGCUGAAAUGUAGUGAGAGGGGGCUCCAUUUAUCGACAACUGUCGCG